UCUUUCUCCAUAUUUAUCUCUCUCUCUCUCUCUCUUUCUCAUGGCUUCCAAACUCUGGAAGAAGUCUGCCUUCACACUAAUGUCCAUAGCUGAUGCAGCUUCAUGGUACUGCGUCCUUGUCCUUGUGAUCCUUAUGUUGCAAAGCUAUAUGAGAGAAACGUCUCAAGCGUCGUACGAUCCUUAUGAGAUUAUCAGAGGCAAUCAAAUCUUGGAGCGACCUUGCGAUGAGAUUUAUGUUGUUCAAGAAGGAGAAACCCUUCACACCAUUAGCGAUAAGUGUGGUGAUCCCUUUAUAGUGGAGCAGAACCCUCAUAUCCAUGAUCCAGAUGAUGUUUUCCCUGGACUUGUCAUCAAGAUUACUCCUCCAUCAAAACCUACAUAGAUAUUAUUACUGUAGUUUUGUUAAUUUUGCUUUAUUCUUGUACAUACAUGGACCAUUACUUUUCUUAAUUUAGUUGUAGAAACAUGAUAAACUAAAUAAAGAUAUUCUGUGAGAUCAAAACAAGAAAAUACAUGAUCAACUAGAAUUAUUUGUAUUAGAAUUUGCUUUUGAUUUUAUUUUGUUAAGUUUUAAGGUUUGUAAUGCAUUAAAAUUUGAUUGUAAAAUAGGAAAUCAAAUUUCAGAUAUAAAAUAUCUUGCAAUC